GGUACUCAUUUUCCUUCUAGGGCCACUCUUUCUGUUCUCGAUGGGGAGCUUACUUGCUGAUGCCACCGGAUAUCGCAACAUGCGAAUUUACAAGUAUCUCCAGGGCACUAUGGAUCAUGGACUUUGGUUAUGGGCCAACAUUGCUCUUUCUGUUAUUGUGGCUUAUUCUGAUGCUGAUUGGGCCAGGUGUCCGGAUAGCUCUCGCUCCACAACUGGUUACACGGUUUUCUUGGGCAAUAAUCUCAUAUACUGAUUUGGGCAUCCACAUUACUUCUCCGGUCUACCUGUAUUGUGAUCAUGUCUCCGCCUCUUACUUAGGAGUCAAUCCCAUUCACCAUGAUAGGUGUAAGCAUAUUCAAAUUGAUUGCCAUUUUGUGUUGGAAAGUGCGGCUCAUGGUGAUUUAAUUGUCCGUUACAUGCCUACGCAGUUUUCAGCUUGCCGGUAUUUUUACCAAAAAAAUCUCAUUGUUCAACGCUUUCAUUAUCUUAAGUACAAUCUGCAUGUUAUAUCUUCC